UUUUUUUUUUUCAUAUAUAUUUUUAAAUAAUGAGUUAUGCAGAAGCAAGAGCUCCGGGAGAGAAAGUCGAUAUUCGAGAAGAAUCACUCUAUGAUUACAUUCAAUCCAAUGAUAUGGGUUCACGCUCAGACAGACGCGAGCAAACAUCUACUGCGCACAUUAGUUCGGGAGGUAGACUCACAGGAGCACUAGCCAAUAACCAAAACGCUCGUUUUGCUCAUGAUGCCUUGGUAGCAGAUUGUGCGCGCUUCUUGGGAAGUGACAUCAUUAACGAUACGGUCACUCAAUUUGCUGAGAAUAUCUUGACCAUUAUUGAAUCCCCCACCGAGUUGGAUUCGACCGAGGUUAAAAGAAGAAUAGAACAAAUCUUACCCACCAGCCAUGAAUACAAAGUGCAUCGAGGCAUGGCAUUAUCCGAUAAGGAUUGUACACGCUUAUGUAGUCUGGCUGAUAGGGUCAUUAAUAAUGCUCCCUAUACAAAUCUGAAUAUCGUGGAUGAGAAUAACCCACAAGAUGAUGAUGAUGGUGAGCGUGAAUUCACCGAUAGGUUGAGAAGAGCCAGUCAUGGCAGUGUGGGCGAUGUACAGUAUAUCCGUCACACUAAUACGGCACAGCCUUUGGAUCUGCCCAAACAAUUACCCAGUUUUGUAGAACCCAACGAGGACGUUGACACUAAACAAGAGUAUGAUGUAGACAUUACUCCAUUCGACAGCGAAGAAGACGACGACUGACUUGUCAAUAAAUAAUCACACACACACACAAAAAAAAAAGUGGCUUAUCGUUUCUUGUUUUGAAUUUUAUAUUU